ACAUCAGGGGGGUGGGUUUGGCAUAGGUAUUGGGGUUUUAGGAAAGUACAAGCCAGUCCUGUCCAGAUAGAAAACACCAAUUAGUAAGUCCAUACCGAAGAUCCGUUGGUCCCCCACAAACCAGUAACCGAUAGACAUAAUAUGCAGAAUUUCAAGAAACAAUUUUUGUUCGUUCCCCACUACUAUAGUUACUAUUUUCCCCAUUAAUUAUCAUUUGGGAAAGAACAUUCAAUCCCCAUUAUUAGUUGUAUAAUACUAGUAAUAAUGAAUAUAUUGAAGAGUUGUUUAUUAACAAUCAUUAUUUCUGAUUUGGGCAAACAAUAUCCUUGAUACAAUCUAAACUGACCCUUUUCUUGUAACAGCAGUAGCUCAUUUUUCCUCCUCUUCUGGAUUUUCUCCCUUUUGACUCGGGACCGUAUCCCUUUUCUCUCUCUCUCUUUCUCUCUCUGUGAAAAAGGAAACAACCAUCUGUAUUCUUUUACCACUAUUUGUUAUCAUCAUCUUUUGAUCAUUCUUAACUAUCCUUUUUGGUAAGAGUGAAGCUAAAUGGCAUGCAAGAAGUUAGGAUUCAAGUCUGAAGUUUUUCAUCUUGAUGGCCAAUCAUGGAUCUGCUCCACAGGCUUACCGAGUGAUGUUGUUGUUCAAGUUGGAGACACGUCCUUUCAUCUACAUAAGUUUCCCUUGUUGUCUAGAAGCAGGCUCCUAGAGAAGCUUAUACAAGAUUCAUCUGAACAGGAGAAGAAUGAGAAAGUUUGUGUUUUGCAGCUUCACGGGAUACCUGGUGGAGCAAAAGCAUUCCUGAAAGUGGCCAAGUUCUGUUAUGGUGUGAAGAUGGAACUCACAGCACGCAAUGUUGUCAGCCUUAGAUGUGCAGCUGAAUAUCUUCAGAUGAAUGAAGAUUAUGGAGAAGUAAACCUCAUUGCACAGACAGAGAGUUUUCUCAUUGAAGUUUUUGGUUUUUGGACGGACUCUUUUAAAGCCCUAGAGACAUGCGAAGAUGUUCUUCCAUGGGCGGAAGAGCUUCACAUUGUCUCAAGGUGCAUAGAUUCCCUGUCAACAAAAGCAUGUGCUGACCCAACUUUACUAAGUUGGCCUGUGGCUGGUCAUAGCUCCACUCAGAGCCAAGAUGAUGCUUUUGCUUGGAAUGGAAUACAUGCAAGUAGUGCAGCUUCUAAACAAUGUCCGCUGAACGAGGACUGGUGGUAUGAAGAUGUGUCCUUCCUUAAACAACAUAUUUAUAGAAAGCUAAUACAUGCUGUUAGUGCUAGGGGCAUGACACCGGAGAUAAUUGCUGGUUCCCUAAUUUUUUAUGCUAAGAAACACCUUCCUCUUAACGGUAGGCAAUCGAAUUUCCAGAAACGCAAUGGUGCAGUUCCAGGAUCAACCCUUCCUACUGCAUCGGAUGCAGAUCAAAGGACCCUUCUUGAAGAGAUUGUGGGGUUACUACCCGAGCAAAAGGGCAUCAUACCUACCAAGUUUCUACUUAGGCUUCUUAAGACAUCGAUGAUCCUAGAGGCUAGUAAAUCAUGUCGAGAGAAUCUGGAGAGAAGGGCUGGGGCUCAGUUAGAUGAAGCAGCUUUAGAAGAUAUUCUCAUACCAAAUAUGGGCCACUCGGUGGAGACCCUAUAUGAUAUAGACUGCAUUCAGCGAAUUGUUGAUCACUUCAUGAUGGCUGAUCAGGAUGAAAUUGAGCCGACCUCAAAUGAACUGACAGAUGAAGGGCAGCUAGUUGGAGGCUCUGAUCACUCACUGACCCCGCUGACAAUUGUAGCUAAUCUUGUAGACGGCUACCUUGCAGAAGUGGCGCCUGAUACUAACUUGAAGUUAACUAAAUUUAACACGCUAGCUUCAGCAAUCCCAGGGUAUGCCAGACCGUUGGAUGAUGGUAUCUACCGUGCAAUUGACAUAUACCUCAAGGCACAUUCCUGGCUGACGGGGUCGGAGAGGGAACAACUUUGCAGGGUCAUGAACUGCCAGAAGCUGUCCUUAGAAGCAAGCACCCACGCAGCACAGAACGAAAGACUACCUCUACGAGUUAUUGUCCAAGUUCUGUUCUUUGAGCAACUCCGGCUGCGGACUUCUGUGGCUGGCUGGCUCUUUGUUUCAGACAACCUUGACAAUUCACAAAGCCUGAGUGGUAAUUUAGUCCAUGAAGGCACCAGGGCCGACCAACUUGUGACUUUUGAUGACAUGAGAGAUCGAGUUCGUUCACUUGAGAAAGAGUGCUUGAACAUGAAAGAAGACGUUGACAAGCUUGUGAAAGCUAAAGGAAGUUGGAAUAACAUCUUCAAACUGCUUGGUUUGAGGCUCAAGGUCAAGUCCUGUGGUCCUAAGUCAUCAUCUAAGAUAUUUUCCAGUGGAAAAGUGCUGCAGCACUCAAGAAAAGCAGUUAUGAAUUUGAAAGAAGAACAUAGUGCUUAUAAUAAGGAUGACUAGAUGCUUCAAUUUUGAGCUUUAGAACAAGGUAACUAUGGUAGUUUAGUUCAUUCUUGACAGCUUUUUGGAUUUGAAAAAUGCUGAGCUGCUUUGCUCUUAGGUUCUUAGGCUCUUAGCAAGAGAAACUUUCAUUGCUAAUGUAGUAAACUAAGCACUGAUUUGGUGUCAGAUUCUUAAUAAACUUAUCAUUCUAGUUUUAAGAUGACUUAUUGAGUAUAAUAAAAAAUUAUGACUUUUUCA